AUGUCGGCAUCGUUCGACCCCUACGAUUGGGCUUCGUUCUACUUCGGGAAAAUGGGACGCGAGGAAGCGGCUCGCCUCCUCUCCGAAGCUGAAGUCACCAUUGGCACGUUUCUUCUCCGUGACAGCUCAAGACCGGGUGAUUAUUCAUUAAGCGUGAGAGAGUCGGAUGAAGAGAACAAAGUGCGCCACUAUCUCAUCGAAGAGAAAUACGCCGAGAAUGGUGUGAAACUUGUCAAGAUCGCUGAUCACGACUUUAUGGAUAUACCAACACUGUUGAACCAUUUCAAAAUACACAUUCUGGACAAAACAUCUCUAACUGUUCCAUAUCGCAAAGGACAGAUUGAGCAGGUGGUUGGCCUGUAUAGAUUCGAAGGUGAACGCGACACAGACCUACCGUUUGAAGCUGGAGAGAUGCUGGAAAUCAUUGGGAAACCAGAAGCAGAAUGGUGGCAAGCAAGAAAUGCACUGAAUGCGACGGGUCUCGUUCCAGCAAUUUAUGUCCGCCCGGUCGAUGAAGCAAACGAUCGUCAUCUCAAAGGUCAAAGCCAGUCAUCAUUAGGAAGUUCUGUAGGGGAGGAGAGAUUCAGCGGGAUUUCGACAAACAGUGAUCCAAUUGAGGAUCGCUAUGAGCCUCCACUUCCAGCAGUUGCUAAGGCUAUUUAUGACAGACAGCCGAAUGCUUAUGAUCCAACACAGCUUAAGCUAAAGAAAGGGCAGAUGGUGCGAAUCACAAAGAAGCUUACAAAUGGCAUGUACGAAGGCGAAUUAGAUGGACGGAUUGGCAUCGUUCCAUUCACUGCUAUCGUAUUAUUGACUAAGGUUUUUAUUAUUGGCUGCGUUCUAAGGAAUGUGUUCACCUUUCAAGCUCAAAAGUUUGCUUGCUUAAUGACCAUAGACUAG